AUGAGUACAAUAACAUGGAUUCAACAAUUUCAUGCAAUGGCCUGGAACAAUUAUGAUGAAUUAGUCAAUUGGCUCAAUUCAGCGCGUUUAAUAAGUUGUUUACGUUUACUACCACCAUUAUUUUGUACAUGUCAAACUGGUUUAAAAGAAUAUACCUGCGUACAUGUUUUAGGUUUAUUAAUGUUGUGGGGUAGUCAACCUAUGCCACAAUUAAUUGGUACAGGAAAAGGUAGACCAAAAAAAGUUAAAUUAGCAUUAUCCAAAGAUUAA